AUGGAUCAAUUAAUCCCAGUUAUUAAUAAACUUCAAGAUGUAUUUAAUACAUUAGGAUCAGACCCAUUGGAUUUACCACAAAUCGUUGUUGUUGGUAGUCAAUCUUCAGGUAAAAGUAGUGUACUUGAAAAUAUAGUAGGUCGUGAUUUUUUACCAAGAGGUUCUGGUAUUGUAACAAGAAGACCUUUGAUUUUACAAUUAACUCAUUUACCAAUUGCUGAUGAUGGAUCACAAACUCAAGAAUGGGGUGAAUUUUUACAUAAACCAAAUGAUAUGUUUUAUGAUUUCUCAGAGAUUAGAGAAGAGAUUAUACGUGAUACUGAUAGAAUGACAGGUAAGAAUAAAGGUAUUUCAGCACAACCAAUCAAUUUAAAGAUCUAUUCACCACAUGUUGUAAACUUGACAUUGGUGGAUUUACCAGGUAUAACCAAGGUACCAGUUGGUGAUCAACCUACUGAUAUUGAACAACAAAUUCGUAGAAUGGUAAUGGCCUACAUAAAGAAACAAAAUGCUAUUAUCGUUGCAGUGACACCAGCAAAUACUGAUUUAGCAAAUUCUGAUGCCUUGCAAUUGGCUAAAGAGGUGGAUCCAGAGGGUAAGAGAACCAUUGGUGUCAUCACUAAAUUGGAUUUAAUGGAUAAAGGUACCGACGCUAUGGAGGUGUUGACCGGUCGUGUCAUUCCAUUGACAUUGGGUUUCAUUGGUGUCAUCAAUCGUAGUCAGGAGGAUAUCAUUGCAAAGAAAUCCAUUAGAGAGUCAUUAAAGAGUGAGAUACUCUACUUUAAGAAUCAUCCAAUCUAUAAAUCAAUUGCCAAUCGUUCAGGUACAGCCUACCUCUCGAAAACUCUCAAUAAAUUAUUAAUGUUUCACAUUAGAGACACCCUCCCAGACCUAAAGGUAAAGGUCAGUAAAAUGUUAUCCGAUGUCCAAGGUGAAUUGUCUACCUAUGGCGACCCUUUAUACGAUACAAAGAAUAGCCAAGGCGCCCUCCUCUUACAAAUUAUCACUAUCUUUAGUAGCAAUUUCAAAGAUGCCAUCGAUGGUAAACUCACCGAUCUCUCCAAUAAUGAACUCUAUGGUGGUGCUCGUAUCUCUUAUAUUUUCAAUGAGAUCUACUCUCAUUGUGUCAAUAAUAUCGAUCCUUUGGAAGGCAUUUCUCUCAACGAUAUUAGAACCACCAUGCGUAAUGCUACAGGUCCAAGAGCUGCCCUCUUCAUUCCUGAAAUCUCCUUUGAACUCUUGGUAAAGAAACAAGUCGUUCGUUUGGAGGAACCAAGUGCUCAAUGUGUUGAAUAUGUCUAUGAUGAACUUCAAAGAAUCGUCUCACAAUUGGAGGCUAAGGAAUUGUCACGUUUCAUUAAUCUCAAAGCUAGAGUAAUCGAAGUGGUCAAUAAUCUUCUUCAAAAACAUAAAGUACCAACCAAAACAAUGAUUGAACAUCUCAUAAAAAUUGAAACAGCUUUCAUCAAUACUUCUCAUCCAGAUUUUGUAGGUGGUGAAGGUAUCUUUGAAUCAUUAUAUAAAAAACAACAACUCCAACAACAAAAUCAUCUUCAACAAUUACAAGAUCAAUAUCAACAACAACAACAGCAACAACAACAACAACAACAACAAAAUGGUAUCAAUAAUAAUCAAAAGGGUGAUAAUGGUAAUAUGAAUGUAAAUCAACAAAAUAUGAAUCAACAAAAUAUGAAUCAACAAAAUCAAAGUACAAAUCCAUUCUUACAACAACAACAACAAGGUCAAAAUAAAUAUCCAGGUGGUCCACCAGCUCAACAACAACCAAAUCAACAACCAAAUCAACUUAAUAAAGGUCCACAAAAUAUGCCUCCAAAUCAAUCUAAACCAAGUUCAAUCCCACAAAAUGGUCCAAACAAUAAUAAUAAUAAUAACAAUAAUAAUAAUAGACAAGAUCAUCAACAAGGUUCUUUCUUUUCAUCUUUUUUCAGAGCUUCACCUGAUCCAUCUUUAGGUCAAUAUGGUGGUGCUAAUAAUAGUAAUAAUUCAAAUAAUCCAACAUCACCAAUUAAUUCAAGUAGUAAUAGCGGUAAUAAUUAUAAUACUUUUGGUGGUCAACAAUCAUCAUCUUCAUCAUCACAACAAUUACAACAAUCAUCACAAUCACAAUAUAAAACUAGUUAUAAUAAUAAUAAUAAUAGUAGCAGCAAUAAUAGUAGUUAUAAUCGUUAUCAAGAUGAUUUCUAUGGUAGAGGUGAUAAAUUAAAUCAAGUACCAUCAAUUAUUAAAGCACCAGAUGAUUUAACAAGUAAAGAGAAAUUUGAAACUGAAUUAAUUCGUGAACUUUUAAUUUCCUAUUUUAAUAUCGUUAAAAAGAAUGUUAAGGAUUCAGUUCCAAAAUCAAUUAUGCAUUUCUUGGUCAAUCAAUCAAAAGAACACAUUCAAAAUGAAUUGGUUGCAGCCCUCUACAAAGAGGAAUUGUUUGAUGAAUUAUUAGAGGAAUCACCACAAAUCUCUAGUAAGAGAAAAUCUUGUAAAGCUAUGAUCGAAAUUUUAAGAAAAGCAAAUGAAAUUAUUAAUGAAAUUAGAGAUUUUAGAAAUUAA